AUGAGUGGCUAUACAAGACGCACCCAUGAAGGCCCAGACAGCUACAUCAUGAACCACCAGAUAGCUCUACCUGUCCCUUACAGUCAUGGGGACAGUCAUGAGUUUGGUGUAAAUGAUUCUGGAUCGUAUGCUUUCCAUCAACAUUCAUUCAAUACCUAUCCAUCGCAUUUUGCUUCGCCAUACAGCCAUUCUGGUAUCUCCUCCAGCACGCAUCAUUUAUCCCCACAUCAUUCACCAGGGCUUUCAGUUCCCUCAACACCUGACCAUGUACCCCUUCAACAUCAUUCUGUCCAGUAUCUGCCUCAGUCACGCUACCUUCAGUCCUCAGGGUUUCUGCCACUUCGUGAUGCAUUCAGUGAGGCAGAUAUUGAAAGUCAGGACUCUCAGAAUGAGAACACAAUGUUAUCAGAAGCAGUCAUCCCCCCACUGGAUGGCUUUCCGAACGUACGAGAAUUCGACCAGUUGAUGAAAAGCUACGUCGACGACCUUUCCGUCAAGAAGCAAGACAAAGCUUUGAUUCACGCCAAAAGAGCUAGGAACAUCAAGACUGUGUUGAUGGACCCUAAAGAUACGGCUGUGGAGUCAGCCCAAUUUCGAUUCUGGGUGAAGAAAAUGUUCAAGCUUCAAACAGUUGGUACUGGUACAUCAGAUUGCACAAAGAUGAUAUGCCACGAGGGCAAACCAGUGGCGAUCCGAGAGAAACUCUUUAAGAUCCUCACUCGGGCACACCAACAAUGCCAACAUGGAGGCAGAGACAAGACCUCGGCUCAAGUUCGACAAAUCUAUUCAUGGGUUCCAAAAGAACUUAUUUCACGCUUUGUCAAGAUAUGCCCGACUUGCCAAGUUCGUCGAGGGCAUUCGCGCUUGACGCCUCCUAGUUCAAGAAGAAGCUCACCCCGGCUAGAGGUAAUGUCCCGUUCACCAAAGCUGCCAUCGCCACCCAUGUCAAGACGCGACUCCACGCUGAAUGGACAGCUUUCGCUAGAAAGGCCGCAAUCAGACUACUUUACUCAACUCAGCAGCCAUAACACUUGGUUGGAAAACCAACGAAGCCUGCAGGAAAGGCAAGCAAUGAACCCAGCCCAGGUACGGCCUUUCAAUGGAGGAACAAUGGGGCACCUGCCAAGUACCCUCUCAGGUACUCUGGAUACUUUCCACAGCGAUAUGCCGGUAGCAUCAUCUCAGGUUAGCUACAAUGCGGGUUAUCAUUCCACGCACGGGCCGUCCAGCCAUAGGGAUUUCUAG